AUGCAGGCAAUCAUCAAGACCGCGUUCCCUCCGCAGUCCGGUUUCCUAGGUCUGAAUGAUGGCACAAUCUUCCCCAGAUCGCGUUUCGCCCCCGAGGUCUCCAUCGGAAAGGUGGCUGCGGCAGUACUUGAACGUAAGCCACUGCGGAACGCCAUCAGAAUCUUCGUCGUCGAUCUGUGGUUCUCCAAAGGGAAGAUAGCCACUGGCUCCGUGACGGAGUACUACUCUGAGGUGUCCAACAAUGCUAUUUCGUUGACUGGCGACGUCCUUGGACCAUUCACCCCGACGGAGAACAUGACGUACUAUGCCAACAAUGGAUCCGGCAUGGGGUGGCCUGGACCAAACUCUCAAACGAUGGCAGACGAGGCAUUCGCCGCUGUGAAGGACAAUAUCAGCUUCAACCAGUAUGACAACGAUGGUAACGGCUAUGUGCGCAUCAACAGACUGACUUGUAUACUGUGA